AUGCACCUAGAAAUCUUAAUUCGAGUAUUCCUUCAUCUUCCGAGACAACUAAUAUUACACAAGAGAAGUCGUGUAGAGUUUAAUCCCAAUCAACUUGUUGUUGAUCCUGGACUUCGAAUGUGUAUUGAUGAUUAUGAUGUGGGAAUUAGAGACCAAGUUCGAAGAGAAUACUUGUUAAGGGGUACAAGGAGUGAAAGUUUUACAAGGAAAGGAUUUAGCAACUGGAAAAAAUCAUCGAAAAAUUUUAAUGACCAUGUUGGUGGAGUAGACAGUGUUCAUAAUGACGCAAGACGUAAUUGUGAGGAUUUUCAGAAUCAACGUCAAAGCAUUUCGCAUGUUUUGACUUCUCAAAGUCGUGAAAUGGAAAUUGCUUACCGAACUCGUUUGACAGCAAUGUUAGAAGUUGUUCGUCUUCUUCUUUGGCAAGGUUUAGCAUUUCGUGGUCAUGAUGAGACUCGUGAUUCUUUACAAAGGGGGAAUUUUAUUGAGAUAGUGAAAUGGUAUGAUAGGAAGGAUGAAAAGAUGAGAAAUGUCAUUGGUGAUAAUGCUCUUGGGAAUAACCAAAUGACAUCUCCCAAAAUUCAAAAAGAAUUGGUUAGUUCUUGUGCCUCACAAGUAACAUUAGCUAUGCUCACCGAACUUGGAGAUAUGAAAUUCUCCUUACUAGUGGAUGAGGCUCGUGAUUGA